AUGACCUCGACGAUCCACCGGGGCCGUCUGGCAGACGAUCCUGCCGUUCGAACUCCAUCGCGAAGGGAUUCCCCGGCACCGUUCGAUGACCCUGACGAACCCCAGGAAGUUCCGGUGGAGAAGGAAAAGACGAGGAAACGAAAGCGCAAAGGUUCCGAGUCAUGGGGCCCAGGACAUCUACCACCCGCCGUCCCAAGGGAUCAACUGCAAAAUUAUCUCCCCUCGUCUGAUCCAGACCACAUGGAAAAGAAUGCCAAAAUCCUGCAGGAAAACCUGAAAAAGCGCCAUUAUGGCGACCGGAUGCAUCAUUGGCAACCGGAUUUAGACGGGUUUCAGCGGAUCGCUAGGAGGAGUGGCCGGAAAACGCUGGCUGACAAUUUAGACCUUGGCCCGGGCGAUGAUCCGGACUAUCGAGCAAAGAACUCGGCGAUUUUAAAGGACAAUCUACGUCGGCGAGGUUUCGAGGGGCCCAUUCGGGAGCAUCGACCAUGGCAUGAUGGCAUCAACACUUUCAUCAGCCCAAAGUUUGCCAAGAUUCAAAAAACCCUCGAUAUACCCGAGGAGAAAAAAUGGGCCAUUUUCGAGGACACCCUGCUGGCUCACCAGAAGAAGAUUGAUUUUGACGAGAAGGGGCUGGCUGCGAGGCUUGGGGUACCAGAGGCCAAGUGGCAGGCUUCCAACGAGAUGGGCUGGACCUCGAGUCGCGGACCCGGAGAUUGCCGAACGCAUGGCCUGCUGGAAAGGACC